GCCCGCUGGCGCCCGAAAGGCCAACCGCGGGUGUGAGCUUUCGAGAGUUCCGGCGCCCUUCAAGGCAAAAUGGCACCGGAGACAAAGGCUUCUUAAACCAGUUCAUGUUACUAUGGCAAUGACUGCAGGGACUCCAACAUCCUUCCCCAUGAGCAACCACACCCGGGAGAGGGUGACGGUGGCCAAGCUCACGCUGGAGAACUUUUAUAGUAACCUAAUUUUGCAACACGAGGAAAGAGAAACCAGGCAGAAGAAACUGGAAGUAGCUAUGGAAGAAGAAGGCUUGGCCGAUGAAGAGCUGUUUUCUCCACAUUUCCCUGAUCCAUAUUCCCAGAAAAAGCUGCGACGGUCUCAGCACGCCCGCAAAGAAACGGAAUUCCUACGACUGAAAAGAACUAGGCUAGGCCUGGAUGACUUUGAAUCUCUAAAAGUUAUUGGAAGAGGUGCAUUUGGAGAGGUACGCCUCGUUCAGAAAAAAGAUACGGGUCAUAUUUAUGCAAUGAAGAUACUUAGGAAAGCUGAUAUGCUAGAGAAAGAGCAAGUGGCUCAUAUACGAGCAGAAAGAGAUAUACUGGUUGAAGCAGAUGGUGCCUGGGUGGUGAAGAUGUUUUAUAGUUUUCAGGACAAACGGAAUCUUUACCUAAUCAUGGAGUUUCUGCCUGGAGGAGAUAUGAUGACCCUGCUUAUGAAAAGGGACACCUUAUCAGAGGAAGAGACGCAGUUCUACACCUCCGAAACCGUGCUUGCCAUUGACGCCAUUCAUCAGCUGGGCUUCAUCCACAGAGACAUCAAGCCCGACAAUCUGUUGCUGGAUGCAAAGGGUCAUGUAAAACUAUCUGAUUUUGGACUGUGCACAGGUUUAAAGAAAGCUCACAGAACCGAAUUCUACAGAAACCUCACCCAUAAUCCGCCCAGUGAUUUCUCAUUUCAGAACAUGAACUCCAAGAGAAAAGCAGAGACAUGGAAAAAGAAUAGGAGGCAGCUGGCAUACUCUACUGUUGGGACCCCAGAUUAUAUUGCUCCAGAAGUUUUCAUGCAGACGGGGUACAACAAAUUAUGUGACUGGUGGUCUUUGGGAGUAAUUAUGUACGAAAUGCUAAUAGGGUAUCCCCCCUUCUGCUCUGAAACACCACAAGAAACAUAUAGGAAAGUUAUGAAUUGGAAAGAGACUCUAAUAUUUCCACCUGAGGUGCCCAUUUCAGAAAAAGCCAAGGACUUAAUUCUAAAAUUCUGUGUUGAUGCAGAAAACAGGAUUGGUAGCAACGGAGUAGAGGAGAUUAAGACGCAUCUGUUUUUUGAAGGUGUUGACUGGGGACAUAUCAGGGAGAGGCCAGCGGCAAUCCCUGUAGAAAUCAAAAGCAUUGAUGACACUUCCAAUUUUGACGAAUUCCCAGAAUCUGAUAUUUUACAGCCAGUGCCAAACACCGCAGAAUCUGACUACAAGUCCAAAGACUGGGUUUUCCUCAAUUAUACCUACAAGAGAUUUGAAGGGCUCACUCAGCGUGGCUCCAUCCCUUCCUAUAUGAAAGCAGGGAAGUUGUGAAACACCACAGGGGAUAAAAACCCCUCACAAAGGAGAACUCAGGUAGCUGCUACAUCCCCAAGAUCUGCUUGGCCUAGAUCGAGACACUGAAAUGUCCACACAGACUGUCGGAUUCACACAGACCUUGUGGAGAUAUUAGGAAAUUCUACCGGAUUAGGAUUUCUAAGAUAACCACAGUAAUUAGUUGGCAGUGCCAGCUGGCUUCUUUCUUUUUUGUUUUUUUCCUUUUUUAAUAGUAAAUAUUUUUGUUAACUUUAUUAUGACAAAGGUACUGGAAUAAAAGGAAUUGAAUCCUCUUUGUAACUGCA